CCCAAAAUAGCCAACGAGAACAUACAACAAAGAACUUUGCCAGGUUCCUAACCAUUUCCCUCUAUUAACUAUGGUUGCAAUGACUUGUCUGGAGUAGCGACUAACAUCCAUAACAAGUGCUUUUCAUUUAAUAUGGAUUUUUUUACUAAAAUAAAGGACAACUUGUCCCAUUCGUGCAAAGAAAAAACAGUAGUCUGAUAAACCCAGAUCACUAAAACGCAAAACUAAAUGAACAUAAAUGCUACAUAUAUAUUUACUGUAGUUAUUAUAGUGUAAACCGUAAGAAACUAUAAACAGUACAUAAAUAAACUUGAAUAUAUCAUUGUGACAUAUUUUAAAGUAGAAUAUUAGGCAUUGCAUUAAAGAAAAAGUGAAAUAAAUAUAAUUACAAGGCUCGCGUUAAUCAGAUCUAGUUCCGUAAUUCCUGUUCUAAAUAACAAAAACGAUUUUAAAUUUUUACUGAAGUUUCAAUGCCAAGAGACCAUUUUACAGCUGUCUACACAAUGACCUGGCCCUUGAAAGGCAACGAGGCUGGAGGUGACCUUGUUUUGGUACAGACCUCACUGCUUUUGUUGUGUCAAUCAAGUUGUUCUGAUGCUAACUAGUUUGCAUUUGAACGAAAAACCAGAGGUGUUUGUAAUAAAGCAAGGCUCGCUUGCACUGAUAGGUGAGGCAAGUAAUUGAGCAGACGACUGUAAAAUGGUCUUUUGGGACAAUAUUAUAACAAGCAUGAGAAAAAGCCAAACUGAAGAACUGCAUCGGUCUGACCGGAAUAUACGAUACCACCUUUGCAGGUGGUCCACUUUCAUCCUUUUGGACCUUGAGAACGAAAUUUAGCUUUGCUUCUUUACAAACCGAUUCGUUGCCCUACCUUGGUACUUCCCUUCGGUAGAUUUGACUUAUGUGUGGGGUUGAGGAAGGAAACAGAACAUAAUUAGAGCCAUUUCCCUCAGUUAGCUCGAUUUGAUCGGAAAAUGUCGCUCCACUUUUUUGGGUUGGUCUCAUUGGUCUCUGACCGGUAGGAUCUGGGAUUAAUGGGAAGUACUCUGGUUGCGCAAGUAAUGUAGUAAUUAAAAGCGUGUGGCCACAUGCACGUAAAAUGCCGCUCCUAAUGCGGCACUUUUUACGCGUCAUUCAGUGGGUAAUCGUGUUUAAGUCAAAUGCGGACGUGUAACCAGUAUAGGAAAAUAUUGAAACAGUGAGUUUCUCUGAACAGCCUACGUUAAUGUUAUUAUGUCUGACUCCAACUUCAUCUUAUGUUAUCUUGUUCACCUCAGCUGGCAAAACUGACCAAUCAGCUUGGAGGAUUUGACUCCAAAGAAGACUUCCUGUUUUUCUAGGGCUAACCAGCUAGACCGUAUCAACAAACGAGCUACUGAUAAUCUUGGCCUCAAGCCAUUCAAUACUGUCUUCUCCAUGCUACUGUUUUCAUUAUUUUCUUCCACGAAAUUUCGUUCUUAGAAUCAGGGUCGCAGCCAGAAACAAAUAUUAUGAAUGAGGCAAUGUCCACUACAUAUUAAAUUCUCUUCCUAGGUAUUUAGCAAUGUUUUGCUUACCCUCUUCAAAACACUGAAAAAAGAACAACGCGAACGCAAAAAAUGAUUGAGGCAUGUGUGUCGAUUUGCCGCAUACUGGCUACAUCCCUGAAAAUAGUUACCUUUAUCAGCCCAUUGGCCCAAACCCAACUAAAACCGGUGGACACUCUUCUCCUGAUGCGCGUCUGUCGUAUGAGGUAUAAAUAUAUACCAACGCCACCUGAAUUUUUUACACAAAUUUGUUCGCAGCCGGAAGGUUAUAUUGUUGCCGCAGACCAGAAAAUAAUAUAAUUGAUGAUCCAAAGUUAAAUUGGUAAUCGGGGCGGGUGUAUGUUAUAAUCGCUGUAUAAAAUAUAUUCAUGACAGUGAAUGGUCUCUUUCGGUUGUACUUCUCAAUCAAAAUUCGGUGCCGAAAAUUAGGGUGUUAAGCAUAUGGCAUAAAAUGACUGUAAAUUCCAAAGUGUUUAAUUUAUUCUUGGUUUAAUACAUGUUAUUUCGGUCUUCUUGUAAGCUCGAUAGUCUGCGUCGGGACUGAAUCAAUAAGCACAUUUUCUAAGCUAAUAAUAAAUUCAUUUUACCAAAGGGACUGGAGUUUACCAAGGAUUUAAUUCCAAUCUAUUAAUGUGUCUGAGUAGUUUCUUAAAAUUAUCUGCGGAAAAUGGUAUUUUGUUGAAUCUUCCAUUUGCUUUUGAAAGGGAUUCCUUCCUCAUAGUCUAAACUCCUUGGCGACUAGCAAGGUUACUCAAAAGGAACCUUUUAACACUAAUGGGAUUAUUGUUGUUUUGUUUUUGUAGCAGAAUUACCAAAGAAAUUCAAAUUUGUCGACGAGACACUUCGCAACAAUUCGGUUGCAAGCGACGGUUUCGCCUGUUGGUCAUCAUACACGGCAUUAUUUGUAAUGAAUCACCUCAAACGUUGGAUCGUUUUUAUCUAAGAACACAGCCAUGAGAUUAUUCUUAAAACAAUCCUUAAAAAUAAAAAUAAAACAUAAGCGUAAAACAUGCCACGCAAGACGAGUCAUUUUACAAACGUAAUUGGAUUCUAAUUACGAGGACUUCAAUGGUUAACUAAAAGCUUUGAUAUUAUGGCUGGCAAAGACACGUAGUAAAGAGCAUAAAGUGAAUUGAUAAUAACCCAUAACAAAACAUCUGCCCUGUUUUUUAUUCAAACAAUGCUUAGCAGGUUUUUCUAUUGUUCGCCCCCAUAUAAAGAAACCCUCCGUGCGACAGGUGUCUUUGUGUGUAAAGAGAAUUUCUCCUUGAAUCGGAUUGUUUACAAUCUUCUUUGAUAACAUCCAGUGACAUCGCAAUGAUUUCUGUAACUUCUCUGAAAAGACUACACUAUUACAAACGUCCUGACGGGGAAUGGUGUUGAUUUUAGCUAAUGAUCUUCCGCGUAGCAGCAAAUUUAAAGUAUAUUUAGAUAUAGUUAAACUCGUUGAAAGCGGUCUGAAAACAGUAUGCUUCAGACAAACCCUCAUAAAAUGUUCUUGGGCUCUAACGAAUGAAUCAGCAAUUGAAAAUUUGUUCUGGGUCAUUUUCUAUUCACAUUGUUUAGGGCUAAUCGGUGUUCCCGCAAAUUGUUACAAAUUUCCUCUGCUCUCAAAGCGCUUUUUUGUUUUAUAUUCUCCACAAGACGGCGGAAACCCGCUGGGUUUUCCUGUGUUUUCUCGCCCCGUGAUUGCCCUGUUUUCUUAUAAGUAAUUUAAAUUCAAACCUCACUCCAAUCAUGAUUUCCUUCUUUUAACAAGGGAAAUAGUCAGCUUUUCCCCUGCGCUAAACGAUGUAAAGACGGAUUAACUGUUUAACGCUGUCCACUGAGAAGACUGAAAAGUUUUAAAGCGAUCCAGUGAUUCCCAGUUCACAAGUCUUGGAAAACCAUACAACACAGUUUGAAACGGCGCGCGUUUGGAUAAAAAUCGUGUAAAACUCGAUUACUAGCAUGCAGUAGCAUGCUGACUGUUUGAUGGACAAUUCAAAACGCUGGAAAUUAACAUGCACAGUUGAACAAAUAAGAAAUUCUAUAUGGUCUGUCAAGGCUGGGCUGAUUUACAUAUCCACUAUUGGUUUGUUUCGAGCAUUAAAUGUUUCAAAAAGAAAUCAAUCUUGGCGAGCACGCUUCUACUGGUCUAUUUUGGCACGAUUAUCAACCGGAUUUGAUUGAACGACGAUUAAGCUCCAAAUCGACCCGAUCUUUACGUGGAUGUCGACUAAUGCGUUGGUAUUGUUUGAGCCAACAAGUUGCAGGGCAUCCGCUUGGUAAAGUCAGCAGAAUUCAGUUGAUAUCAUCUUGCAGUGACUUCGAUUCGAGGAUCCGCGUCAUAUAAGAGCCUAAACCUGAUGCAGGACUUGAGAUUUAGAAUGGCGUCAAAUACGGCUCGGUUUGAGGAGGGAGAGUUUUAAACUAGAUGGCGAAACGUGUCCACUUUAGAACUCCCGACUCUAAUAAAAAGCAUCGAAUUGUGUUAAACGUAAGCGGGCAACGGUUCAUGACGAAGAAAGAGUAUUUGCAGCGCCAUCCGCACACUCUACUUGGAAGUGAAAUGCUUGGCCGUUUUUUCGACGCGUCUAAGCAGGAAUAUUUUUUCGACAGGGAUCCCUUUUUAUUUCGUUAUAUAUUGAAUUUCUACCAAUGCGGGAAGCUCCAUUCAUCGCCCGACGACUGUCCCGUUGCUUUUAAAGAAGAGCUCGACUAUUUUGGGAUUCCGAUUUGCGAGCUGGAGGAUUGUUGUUGGUACACAGUCAACGCCGACGAGAAAGAAAAACAUCCCAGCCAUUAUGCCGUGCGGAAAGCGAGUAUGAAGGCGGUCCAUACCGCGCUCCCGGCUAAUUAUCUAAACUGGAAACGACGCGAGAGCAACGGCGGGACAAAAACACGGAAGGAGAUGCGGCAAGGAAGCUCGAAAAAGUUAACAAACUGUGACAUUAGUAGCAAUCAUCUGCCCUCAUCUAGGAGAACGCAGGAAAAUAUGCGGAGAAGGCGGGAUAAUUGUGUUGAAUUAUCUAGCGCAAAACACUCGGACAAGAGAGAAAAAAUAACAGCUGACUUCGCAAAUAGAAACAGAUGUGAGAUAAAUUGCAGAUGCAGACUACCCAAAUCCAGACUCCCACAAAAAGCGUUUAAUUUUCUGUACGGGUUGUUCAUAUUUCUUAGCGUGGUGACUACAACGGUUGAGACCAUUGACUGCGAAGAAGGAAUCAAAUGUUUGGAAUUGCAUCCUGAGUUGUUUGCAGCCUUCGACGCGACAUUUGUGGCCGUUUUUACCCUUGAAUUUCUCAUUCGUUUUAGUUUGGCGAAAAAACGCUGGAUGUUUAUGAAGAAUUUCUUCAAUGUGAUCGACCUACUGGCGAUACUACCAUAUUAUGUCUCACUUAUUGCCUCGCAAUUUGUCAAUACAGACAGCGUUACCUUACUUAUGACCCUCCGGGUUCUGCGAGUGAGUCGGAUAAUGAAACUGACCAGGGGUUCUUCACGAUUACAGUCCCUGCUGUAUACGCUCAGAAACUGCUCCACGGAUUUGCUCUUUUUGUAUUUCACGUUCACGCUAGGAAUUCUUUUAUUUGCCAGUGUACUGUACUAUGUGGAGCGAAUAGAGAACCCAGCGAACUUCAAGAGUAUACCACACUCGCUAUGGUACACGUGCGUUACGAUGAUGACAACUGGGUAUGGUGACGUCGUACCUCUUACAACAUUAGGGAAGAUAAUAGGAGGUUUGUGCUGCAUCUGCGGCGUGGUCAUCAUGUCACUCCCAAUUCCGAUAAUGCAGGACAAGAAAGUUGUCGUGCAAAGCUAGCAAUUACCUCUCUUCUUUACUUCACAUGGUACAAGCAUCAGAGAAAGAUAAGGGUACUCGGGGCUUGAGUUUAGGAGAAUCACCAUGUGCUUGCCAUGGGCAUUACCUGUGCUUGAAUUCUGGUGUGAGUGCUUGGAAAGAGGUGUGUUCGCACUAGUGCCCAGCGAGAAUCGUACCCUAGCACCAAGUGUGAACAUAGCCGUACGCUAUGGACUGUGCUCGAGUACUGACGUUUUUCGCUAAACAUUGUGUGAAUACACCUUUUUUAAGUACUCUUAUUGUAUGGCUAGUUGCGUGAGCGGGCAAGAUGAAUCAAAUCCUGCGCUGUGAUUGGCUACCCGAGCGGGCAAGAUGGAGCCAUCUUGCCU